CUUCAAAGCAGAGAGACUGAGUGGGGGUUCGUCUGAAGGGCUUCCCCCUCACUCCCCCACCAUUGCUCCGGUCCCUUUAAAUCCCUCCCCCUGCGCUCUACCCCCCCCCCCCUGUCUUCAUCUCUCCAUCUCUGCGCUGCUGCAGACUACGCAGUCUGUGCACUCGGGAGCCAGCCAGGGACCCUGACUCCGGCUACAGGAACCCAGUCCUUAGUGGGAGGCCACAGCCAUGUCAACAGAAAAGUCAGGCCUUCCAGAUUCAGUCCCUCACACCUCUCCACCACCAUACAAUGCCCCCCAGCCCCCCGCUGAACCCCCAGCCCCACCCCCACAGGCAGCCCCCUCCUCGCACCACCACCAUCACCACCAUUACCACCAGUCUGGCACCGCCACCCUCCCGCGUUUAGGAGCAGGUGGCUUGGCUUCCUCUGGGGCCAGCACUCAGCGAGGCCCCUCAUCCUCCGCCACACUGCCGAGGCCCCCACACCACGCCCCGCCUGGCCAGGCCUCCGGGGCGCCCCCACCCGGCUGUGCAACCUUGCCCCGCAUGCCACCCGACCCUUAUCUACAGGAGACUCGCUUCGAGGGCCCACUGCCCCCACCACCACCUGCUGCCGCCGCCCCGCCCCCACCGGCGCCUUCCCACACUGCCCAGGCCCCCGGCUUCGUGGUGCCCACGCACACAGGGGCUGUGGGCACUCUGCCGCUGGGGGGCUACGUAGCCCCGGGUUACCCCUUACAGCUGCAACCGUGCACUGCCUAUUUGCCGGUCUACCCAGUGAGUGCGCCCUAUGCAGGCGGGACCCCUGGGGGAACGGGGGUCACCUCCACACUUCCCCCACCACCUCAGGGUCCAGGGCUGGCCCUGCUGGAACCAAGGCGCCCGCCACAUGACUACAUGCCCAUUGCGGUGCUGACCACCAUCUGCUGUUUCUGGCCUACGGGCAUCAUUGCCAUCUUCAAAGCUGUGCAGGUGCGCACAGCGUUGGCCCGCGGAGACAUGGUAUCUGCUGAGAUUGCUUCUCGAGAGGCCCGAAACUUCUCUUUCAUAUCCCUGGCCGUGGGCAUUGCAGCCAUGGUGCUCUGUACUAUCCUCACCGUAGUCAUCAUCAUUGCCGCGCAGCACCACGAGAACUACUGGGAUCCGUAAGGACGCCCGGCCCCGCCCCACCCUGCGCCCCCGACCUCCCGAGCGCCCUGCGGUCCCAGAGCCGCGGAUCCAGUGAGCGCCCUGCACACCCGCCUGGGGCGACCGGACCUUGCUACACCCCAAACUCGGCCUCCACGGACCCCUUAAGCCUAGUGGGCACGCUCCAAGCCCAGUUCUUAAAGGACCCCACCAAAACCUACACCCCCAGAAAAGCCGCUUCCCGGCAACCCCACCAAGUGACAGGCCCUUACUUGCCCCAGCCCCUCUAAAUACUGCACCCCUUAGCAAGGAGCCAAGGUCUCCUCUCCCCAGCCCAAAGAAUGGCCCUCCGAAGCCCCGCCUCCAACGCAGGCUCCGCCUCAUUGCUGACAAGCCCCGCCUCCAGGCCGGCAGGCUCCGCCUUCUCUGCGGGGUAACUCAGUCCGGUGUUGGGGCCUGGCCCCCAGACCCAGGGACUCAGUCCUCCCUUUCUCUCUGAUCUGGGCCCACGCCCCAGGGUAACCACGCCCCUAAGCUGACUUCCUGGGAUAGGAGGAGGAAGGACCAAGGAUUUGAGGAAUUGUUGUUUUUUUUUUUUGGAGCCUCCACCUGUUUUCUUUCCAGUCUCAGAAUCUCUACUUUUGAGAUAUGUAUUGGCAUGAGAUUUGAAAGGGUCCCGGUUCACACCCUAGGAUGAAGAUGAUAUCCCGGUUCCCUGUAAAUAUCCCUACCUAUCCCAACCCCUGGGCAGCCAGGCAGAAGGGAACCCAGGGAACAGAACCCCAGUGUCAGUAAGGAGCCGACCCACUCCCCGCUCCCUCAUCUUGUUCUGAUCUGUGUGUGGUGUGUGUGAAUUUCUGAAAGACACUAUUAAAGACACAAAGUGGAUUUAUCAACCCUAAUUCUAAGGACUAAAAACUUGAACACA